AUUUGGGCUGAUUUAUAGGAAGAUUCUGAAACAAGAUAGACAUCCUAGGCAAAGCAUUCAUUCUGGCCCCAAUUUACCUAAGUACUUAAGCACAUGUGGAGUCCUUGUGGCACCUUAGAGACUAAGCAAUUUAUUUAGGCAUAAGCUUUCGUGGGCUAGAACCCACUUAAUCAGAUGCACAUGUGUAACUUAAUGGUAUUGCAAUAUUUAGAUUAACCAUCCCCCAAAGGGUGUCCUGGCCAAUGCAGAGCGUAAAGGAGAGAGCAGCUCAACCGUGUGGACUCUCACAGGCUGGUUUCAGAGUAGCAGCCGUGUUAGUCUGUAUUCGCAAAAAGAAAAGGAGGACUUGUGGCACCUUAGAGACUAACCAAUUUAUUUGAGUAUAAGCUUUCGUGAGCUACAGCUCACUUCAUUGGAUGCAUCCGAUGAAGUGAGUUGUAGCUUACGAAAGCUUAUGCUCAAAUAAAUUGGUUAGUCUCUAAGGUGCCACAAGUACUCCUUUUCUUCUCACAGGCUGCUAUAUCCAGGCGGAAUCCGUUUAAGGAAAAGGGAAACAAUGACCUGUUGAGUAACACUGAGAGACCAACGAAGAGUAGGCGCAUUAGAUGAUGCAAUCAGGCAGAUGAGCCUUGAUUUAUAAACUUGAUAAGGAAGAAUUUCUUACACAUAUCCUUCCUUUACCCAAUCCCACUGAUCAAAUGCAGUAAGGUUCAGGCCAAACCUCUCUAUACCACAGACAGAGUUGGGUCAAAUUUUUCAAAAAGUAGCCACUCCCUUUAAUGCCUUCAUUUUUGGGGUGCUCACCUUGAGAUCCUCAAGGGCUUUUUCCCAUAGGUGCUGCCAUUGACUUCAGCUGUAAUGGUGGGAGCUCGACGCUUCUGAAACUCGGGGAUCCAAAGCCAGUGGUGGACUUUUGUAGGACCAUCAGCUCCAAACUUUCACUGGGUUGACUAAGGCUGCUCUGGAACACAAGUGAUUUAACUGCCAACCUGGGGCUGGCAGAGCAGUUGCCUGGGACUGCAAGCUGGGUGGGACAGGAUUUCAGUUGAGAGGAAGGGCUAGGUGAAACUGUCAGAACAAUGGAGGGGGAGGGGAAAUGGGAAGUGUCCAGAGAUAAACGAAUCUCUCUCCAGCACAGAAUGUGUGUGCUGGCUUCUAGCAAGGCAUACACCUGAGGUUAUAAAGAGGCGUGUACGUGUGUGUUUGUGUGUGUGUGUAAUAAUAAAAAAAGUACAGGAAAGAAAUGGAGACAUCAGAUUCCAGGAACAGGUGAGAACUGGUAAACGGAGUGAUUAAAAAUAAAAUGGGAACCAAAAAAAAUCUACAUAAGAAACCAUGCAAAGGUGUAGUGAACAGGAGAUCAGAAAGGAGAUAUUUAAGGAGAUGGCUGAGAAGGGGCAUUUUAAACACAAGAGGCACAUUGAGGAAACAUUUAAUUUUUAGCAAUCAGUCUUUACAAAGAAGAGCAGGGAAGAGAUGUCACAACUCCGGGCACAGGCUAUUUCCCAGAAGAGGGAGAAGAAAGACCCAAGUAAAUAGCCACACAAGAACCGGAAAUGAGAACCUCUGCAGGCCCCAAUAGCGUCUGCCCCAGGAUUGCGAAGGAGCAGACAAAGAAAGAGAGUGCCUUCAGCCAGUACAUUCAGAAACUCUUUGGAAACCAAGGAGAUCCUGAUGAGAGGACAGUGAAACGCACACUCCUGGAUUCUAGAGAAGAUGCAGGCACCUUCCAGACAUACUAACGCGGCUGCUCCUCUGAUACAAGAAACGUUACCCAGAGUGGAAUGGGGAAGUCUCUCGAUAAGUAAGUGGCUGAUGACCAGGAAGACCGGGGAAGCAUGUGAAUGUUUAAAGUUUUUGGUGUAGCACCAUAAAAGAUCCAUACGAGGAUCCGUAUGUGUGGCAUAGCGGAAGAACUACUGUAUCUGAACUGAUGGAAGAGCAGACUGGGAGCUGCACUGCCACAAAGGGACCCUGAGCUGCAGAUGUGCACGUGCUAGGGUGCAUCCAAAGGCUGCUCCCUCCAGAUGUGGCCCUGUUGCUGUGGUGCACUGUGAGGAGAGAAGAUCCUGUCUGUAAAUCAGGGCACAGGCCGACGAGGCUGUCUGAGUCGGAGCGGCAGAACUUGCGAUGACAGCCUAGCCGUGGGGUGAGAUGGAACGCUUCACCGACUCUGGAACUCAAACAGAUGCGGUGGUGGUGCUGUCCCUGGCACAGGCCGCUGUCUUGGGCUUGGUGUCCGAGAACGAGCUCUUUGGCGCAACCAUCAGCCCCGGAGGCUUCUUUCCAGGGCUAGGAAAUGAGCUUGCAGACACUGCCACGGUGGAACCAGAGGAUCCGGAAAGCGCUUACAGGCUGGAGAAGGAAGCUGAGGCACCAGAGGAGGAGGGGCUGGAGGCAGAGACUCCAUUUGAAAAACAUACCCGGAGGAGGAAGCGGCCCCCGGUGAGGCUGGUGCCCAAGGUCAAAUAUGAAAACCCUGCGAGUGCGGACGAGGAGGUGGUGUACGAAGUGUCUGUCCCUGGCGACAGCAAGGAGGAGAUGCCGAGCAGCCACCCGCCCAGCCUCGAGGAGUCCGGCUGUGAGAAGACCGUGCAGAGCAGUGCCAUGAAGAUGAUUGACCUCAGUGCUUUCAGCAGGAAGCCCCGGCGCCUGCGGCAUCUGCGCAGACACGUGCAGCAGGACGAGGGCCUGGGGAGUUACGAGCACAGCUGUCCGGACCCCAUCCAGGUCGGUUACGCGGGGGCCAGCAUGGGCGGGGCUCCAGCAAGCACGGGGCCGGAGGCCCUCGGGAGCGAGUGCAGCUUCGAGGCGAACGCUGCAUCUCUGGAGGCCCCCGUGCCGGAAUCGCCAGAGCCGGGGAAGAGCGAGCAGGGCUUUACGUGGCAGGAGCCAGCAGAUUUUGACGCAGACGCAGCUGGAGUCAACACAGAACGCAACAAAAAGGCCCAGCUGGACCGGCUGGACAUCAACGUGCAGAUCGACGACUCCUACCUGGUGGAGGCGGGGGACCGCCAGAAGCGCUGGCAAUGCCGCAUGUGCGAGAAAUCCUACACCUCCAAGUACAACCUGGUGACGCACAUCCUGGGCCACAACGGCAUCAAGCCCCACUCCUGCCCGCACUGCAGCAAGCUCUUCAAGCAGCCGAGCCACCUGCAGACGCACCUCCUGACGCACCAGGGCACGCGGCCGCACAAGUGCGGGGUGUGCGGCAAAGCCUUCACGCAGACCAGCCACCUGAAGAGGCACAUGCUGCUGCACAGCGACACCAAGCCGUACAGCUGCCACUUCUGUGGCCGGGGCUUCGCCUACCCCAGCGAGCUGAGGGCCCACGAGGGGAAGCACGAGAACGGGCGCUGCCACGUGUGCGUGGAGUGUGGGCUGGACUUCUCCACGCUGACGCAGCUCAAGCGCCACCUCUCCACGCACCAGGGGCCCACGCUCUACCAGUGCCUGGAGUGCAGCAAGUCCUUCCCCUACCGCAGCCAGCUGCAGAACCACAUGCUGAAGCACCAGAACGUCCGGCCCUUCGUCUGCACCGAGUGCGGCAUGGAGUUCAGCCAGAUCCACCACCUCAAGCAGCACUCGCUCACGCACAAGGGUGUGAAGGAAUUCAAGUGUGAGGUGUGCGGGCGUGAGUUCACCCUGCAGGCCAACAUGAAGCGGCACAUGCUCAUACACACCAGCGUCCGUCCGUACCAGUGUCACAUCUGCUUCAAGACCUUUGUGCAGAAACAGACCCUCAAGACCCAUAUGAUCGUGCACUCGCCAGUGAAGCCAUUCAAAUGCAAGGUUUGUGGGAAGUCCUUCAACCGCAUGUACAACCUGCUGGGGCACAUGCACCUGCAUGCCGGGAGCAAACCCUUCAAAUGCCCCUACUGCUCCAGCAAGUUUAACCUGAAAGGCAACCUGAGCCGGCACAUGAAGGUCAAACACGGGGUCAUGGACAUCAGCCUGGACAGCCAAGAUCCCAUGAUGGAACUGACCGGGGCGGAGCAAGACCCCCAGCAGGAAAUGGAGGAGUACGAUGAGGAGAAUGCCUAUGACUACGCAGGGGUAGGCAACCCCCCGGACGAGAAUGCCCUGACCGAGCAGGCCAUGAAGGAAAUGGCCUAUUACAACAUGUUGUAGCUGACAGAUGGGGGCCUAGGCCCAGCCACGUGUGGGGUCAAGACAGGGAGUGACAUGGGGAAAACAAGCUCCUGUCCCCUGCUGCAGCAUCCAGAACCAAAAGCCAGGCUCAGCGGGGCCUGCCCCAUGGCGCUCCAUGGUGAAGGAGGAAACGGGGAUGGCUCUGAGCCCUGGCACUGCCAGGCUGGAGCUGGGCUGCAGGAAGUAGUAGCCCUCAGCCAUAGGCCUGCAGAGGUGAUGUGCUGUGCCACUCACUCCUCAGGCCAUCCAGGGUGGAGUGAGACUGGGCCUGCUGCAGGCCCGCAGGCCCCUCACCUAGGUCAUCCCCUCUCAGGGCCCCUUUUUCACCACCCCUGCCCCUUGCCUGGGGGAAGAGCAGAGAUCUGUGUUCAUUCCUGCCUGCGGUCUAAGGGUGAGCAUAGCGCUCAGGCUGCGGCACUGGGAGGGAGCGCUGGCUCCUGGGCUCAGCCCCUGGGGGGCACUAGAAGAGAUGCUCUCUGGCCACCAUAUUUUCCCCAGGUAGGGAAAGGCAUGGUCCAGAACCUGAUGAGCACUAAUUAUAUUCUACCUCCUCCCUAGUCUGCUGUGGUGGGGACUGCAGCUAGUCCCACUUUAUCUCCCCUCUUGGCUGUGCAGCUACCCUCCACCACAGGAAAUAGCCAUGGGGGGGGCCUCUCCUGCUCUCCUCCCUUUGCCCACGCAGGGGCCAGGACCACUUGCUCUAGCAUCAGCCUGGAGGGGGAGGGAGAGAUGCUGCUGCCAAGCUGAGCUGGAGCUAGCCCUGUACACAGAGUAUUUUCUUAUUGACCCCGGGGGAGGCUCAGGGCUGGGCAUUGUUUAAAAGACAACAGACCUGUACAAACCUGAGAAAUGGUGGUAUUUUGAAAGUAAUUUAUUUUUUUCAGAUGUGCUGAGUGGUUAAAGGAUAAAUCAAAACAC